UUCAGACUCACCCAGAGAGAGAGAGAGAGAUUCAGCACAGAGUUCUCGACAUGAGCGACAGUGCAGCCGCCGAAACGGCUCCUCCAGCCUCCGCUCCCACCAAAGCCAAGGCUCCCAAGAAAAAGGCGGCGUCUCCCAGGAAAAGACCAGCCGGUCCCAAGUUGGGCGAGCAGAUUCUGAGGAUUGUCGAGCAGUCCAAGGAUCGCAAGGGGAUGUCCCUUUUCAGUAUAAAGAAAGCGUUGGACAAAAGCGGGGUCGAGGUGGACAAGCGCAACUCCCAGAUCAAGAUGUGUAUCAGGAGGGCCCUGGCGAAAGGCUCCCUGGUUCAGGUCAAGGGCCAGGGCGCCUCCGGCUCCUUCAAACUCGCUCAGACUCGAGGCAAGGCAGAAGGGGCCAAGAAGGUGAGAAGAGCAGCAAGCGGCAAGAAAGUGGUCGGGAAGAAAACACCAGCCAAGAAGGCUACAGUGAAAAAAUCCCCAGCCAAGAAACCAACAGCUAAGAAAGCGACAGCUAAGAGACCAGGCGCCGGGAAGGCAGCCCCGCCAAAGAAAAAGCGAGUGAUCAAAGCAGCGCCGAAGAAAAAGGCUUCCGUGAAGAAGGUGAAAAAGGCCAAGAGCCCCAAGUCUCCCAAACCCCUCAGCAAAUCGGUUAAAGCCAAGACCCAGGCCAAAGUGACCAAGAGAGCAGCAAAGAAAUGAACCAGUCGGUGUAACAUGUAACCAUCUGAACCCAAAGGCUCUUCUCAGAGCCACCCACAUCUCUCAGGAAAGAGCUGAGCCCCGGAUCAAAUGGUCCCUGUCCCGGGGCCGAGUGCAGACAUACCCAAGAUGUUAAUCUGACUGAGUUACUCAGACCCACCCUCUCGCCACAGUUUGUGAGUGGACAGACCCUGAGAAUGGGGAAGGGAUCACACGGGGAGGGUUUCUUGAUCUCCCAUCUGGUUAUUUCACAUCGCGACUUGUAUUUCUGCCCGGACCCCAAUGUGACAGAUUGCAGUAUUUGUAUUUCAUUGACCCUUCCAGGAAUGAUGCUUUGUUCAGUUUUGAUGCUGGGGCGGUGCGGAUGUUAUCAUGGCGUGUUCUUUCGGUCUGUCCCUUACAGACAGAUCAGGCAGCAAUGACACAUUGUGUUCGGGCUCAUUACAAUCUGGGUGAAACAAAGAUGUCCCGAUACAGGGAGACUCUGUCCCUUUCUCGGGGUACACUGUAUGAGUUUGUAAGCUGUUUAAACCUGCGGGGGGGGGUUUAGAUUGACUCAGGGCGGUUGUUCGGCUGGGCUGUGAGAAACCCCUCACUUUCCUCCUGCCUGUUACACACUAGCUCCCCCCGUCCCACCGCUGUCCCUGACGGUAAGGACUGUGCACAGGAACUGACUGAUGCAUUUGUCUAACACUCAUCAUCGUCAAUUGUCAAGAAGCGAAGUUUCAAAUUGAGAGUUUCACACAGAUUAAAGCUGGAGAGCUCCUUUCCAGCUGUAAAAUUGCUGUCCCUUGUAUCCGGCUGCAAAUGGUUUUUAUUUUGUAAACUAUUUUGUAAAUAAAAUCAAUAUUAAAAAAAAAGUGCAACGAUGAGCAAUUCU